UUCAUAAAGUGAGUGAUUGGAACACGCUAAUCCAAGUAAAUUGAAUGCGGUGAAAUAAAUUCGAUUAUUUUGAUAAAAAUACGAUGGCAGCUAUUUUAAAUUAAGUAAUUAUUUAGUCUUAAUACAUCUACACUAUAUUAUGGUGCGGGAGUGCAAAUGCUUCGUAAAUGUGUUCUGCCCUGGGAUUGUUUGUUUGUGUUCAUUGCCUUCAGUCGCGUCUCGGGACCGUCAGUCGUCUUCGCGUUGUGUCAGUCGCAGUCGGUCGGCUCGAGCUCACCUUGAGUAUUGCACUCGUCUCGCAUUUUAUUUUCGACUUUGUUUAAUGGCAUAACAUCUACGAGUGGUAUCAACAAAACAAUGCUAUCGGACUGUAUCGCUGUCAGAUAAUCACGUAAUGAUAAGAACAAUGUGAAAUCAAUGUUACAAUGAAUUUAUGUACUUUCGUAUUAGAAGAAAGACAGUAGACAGAAUCCGUGAGUGUUGGGUCGGGGAUAUUUUUGUAAAAAUGAGACAUGCAUUCAGUCGAAAUGCAAAAAAGUGUAUCAGUGCAAGUAGAUAGUGAUUUCGCUUUGUUACUGCCGAGCGGUGUCUACGAAAUUAAAAAAAUGGAGCCAAGAUCGAAGUUACGCAAAGUGAUACUAUUCUGUUUACUACUAUCACUGUUUGGUAUGGUGGCAUUUGGAUACUUCUGUCCCGAUCAGGUGUGCGCACUGUCACCGCGGGAACGGGUGUCCGAGUCGUUGGCUCUCUCGUACGCUGAAGCUCCUGGCAGGCCGCUCCCUGACGUCAUCGCUCAGCCGGGUCUCUCCUAUGACGAAGUCCUCCACGAUGACUUCCGAUUCGACCUGAACGCCCACGACGUCAUGGUCUUCUUGCACAUACAGAAAACUGGUGGAACCUCUUUUGGAAAACAUCUCGUCAUGGAUUUAGAUUUAAAGAGGCCAUGCAACUGUCAACGAGCGCGAAAGCGGUGCCAUUGUUUUCGACCGCACAGCAACGAAAUAUGGUUGUUUUCGAGAUACUCUACCGGUUGGAAGUGUGGUCUACAUGCCGACUUUACGGAACUGACUGCUUGUGUGGGCGGGGAACUGGACCGGCACGAGGGAUCUGCAGUGCACCGACGGUACUUCUACAUCACGCUGCUACGGGAACCUGUGUCUAGGUACUUGUCGGAGUACAGGCACGUGAAACGCGGCGCCACGUGGAAGGGAUCUCGGCACUGGUGCCAGGGAAGAACUGCUACAGCUGCGGAAGUGCCAGCGUGUUAUUCAGGAGACUCUUGGCGUGGUGUGACUCUUGAAGAGUUCAUGUCUUGUCCCUGGAACCUGGCAAACAAUCGGCAGACCCGUAUGUUAGCUGACCUGGCGCUGGUGGGCUGCUACAAUGGAACCCUCAAGCACCGCACAGCGGAGACUGACAGAGUCCUUCUAGCCUCUGCUAAAAGAAACCUUGCUGCAAUGGCGUACUUCGGACUUACAGAAUAUCAGAAGAUAUCUCAGUACGUGUUCGAGGAGACAUUCAACCUGCUGUUCGCGGUGCCGUUCACACAACACAACGCGACGGUGUCGGGCGCCACCCUGGCCGCUCUGUCGCCCUCACAAAUCGCACACAUCAAGCGACUUAACUCACUCGACCUCGAGCUCUACGAGUUUGCCAAGAACCUCAUGUUUAAAAGAUUCGAAGCGUUGAAGAAACGAGACACAGACUUCGAGUACCGGUGGCGGCAUUUGGGGGAAGUGGCGCGCAGUGGCGUCACCGAGUUUGACUGGGAUAGCAACUUGGAAGACGCCACGACCGAGAAGUCUAAAGGCAAGUAACCUGCCCCGACUGCAGGCAGCGCCAGCGACCUCUCCACCCUAGUGCAUACACUAGUCAUAGAUAACCACACAAAUUGAAUAAAGAAUUUAUUUUUUAUUCAUGGGUCUCGUUGUGACCUUGUAAAUACUACUAGAACGCGUUAAGUACAUUUAUCAGAGCGAUCGUAAACGAAAACAAUUUACAAUCGCGCUGUACAAAUAACUUUAUUUUAUUAAUCGUCGUGCAUUUAUAGUAAAAAUAUUCUAAAUUAGAUUUUUUAUUGAUUUUUUUUAUCUUUGGCAACAUUUUAUUGUUUAUUUGUAAAAUGCGCUCUAAAUCCAUCCCUUAUAGAGUUAUAACUAUACAUAAUUACAUACAAUAUAUUAUAAAUAUAUCUGUAGUAGGUAUGUAAUGUUGUUCUAUAUUGUUGAAUGAAUGUUGACGUUUGAUAGAUACAGGGUAGGUAAUGCAUCUAGGUUGAACCCAACGAAGUGUAGCCUUUAGUGUAAUCGUUACUAGUAAUUUCCAGUGAAAUUUGUGACAGAGGUCCUAUUUCGAAGUAUUUAAAUAAAUUGAAUCAAUGUCAUCGGCAAUGGC